AGUCAUGUGAUUCCAUUAGCGCGAACGUUGAAGAUUGAUAAACAAUGAUGACGGAACGUCUGCGAGAAAUCCAGACUUCAUACGAGCAAAGAUUCAAUUGUAUCUUAUGUUUGUGUCCACGGCUUGAAAUGGUUGUUGGGAACUGUCAACACAGAAUUUGUUCUCAGUGUGUAUAUAACAAAGAUGGCAUACGCAAACCAAGUUUGGAUAAGUGUCCCACCUGCCUAAAAGAAGAUGCAUUUCCUGUUGUCAGACCUGUUAUUCCAGAAGAUGUUGUAGAGAUCCAGAGAUGUUUGGGAGUUAGAGCUUGUCCUCAUUCUGGUUGUACUUUGGAAUUGUGGGAAUGGGAAAUGGAAGAACAUUUAAAAUUAUGUCCCAAUCGUCAACCAUUACCACCUGAACAAAUUUCAAAGAAGAAAAGAUCAAUUAUUCGCAAGACGGAGGAAGCCACUAAAACUACAAGAGUGACGCGUAGUAGCACAUUUAACAUGGGAUCUAGACGGUCGCUAGACCCUAGAGUUGUGAGACGACAGUUACGAAGAAGUACACAGCACCACUCCUAUGAAUAAUACUAGUUACCCAGAUAUUGUUCGUUACACAAGUAGUGUAAUAAAGGAGAAUUUUGACAGAAAAGUCAUUAUUCUUUAUAUUUAUUUGUGAGAAGUGUUUCAUUUAAAUUACAAAUCUGUCUGUGAUGAAUGAUGUACAGUCACUGUAUUUGUAUUUAGAUUUGUUUCUGUUUCUAUGUAAUAUCAAACUCUAUGGACAGAUCUGCUAUGAAUGAUAGAUGACAGAACAUUUGUUUCAAAUUUAUGAAGUAUCACACAUUUUUUUUCUGUGGUUCCAUUAUAAAGCAGUUGAUAACCAUUGGUAUGGCUGUUUGAUAUAUUCACAUGUAUAUUGAAAUGUAAUUGUCUGACUUGAUAAGGUGCAAAUUAUUUGUUGAGAUCUGUCUGGGAGCUGUACACUAUUUAUGUAUUUGAUAUCUUAUAUAUACAUGUACAUAUGUACACAAGGCAUCAUCUUUUCACCAAUUUAUAGUAUUUGUCCUGGUUUUUUAUACGUCAGUCAUAUUAUGGAAUGGUUCUGUGUGUUCCUCCAUCUGUCCGCACUCAGUUUAUCAAACAGAAGCAGUACUUACAAGGCUAGUAUCGUAAUACUUCAUACACAUGGUCGUAAUUUUUAGGGAAAAAGCUGUUGUUUUUCAAGGUCAGUCUUAAAUGAUUUUAAUAGGCACAAAACUAAGAUACCUGAUACACAUGUUCAUCCAUCAACACUUUGUGGGAAAGAUGUAAAGAGUAUUUUAAGAUAUGGUUUGUGUAAUUAAACCAGGGUCAUGUUCUCAUUGGUAAGAGGAAGAUUACUAUUAUAUUUGUCAAAGUCAUACUCUCGUGGAUAAUCGUGAAGGAAAAAUGGUACUAUUAAGGACAAGAUCAUCAAACUUGAGAGUACUUGUUCCCCUUAGUGUUGGUGCAAAGUAUGUGUAUUUUUGAAAAGGAGAGUUGGUUCUCAAAUUAUACUUUAUUAGAGUGAAGUAUUUCUUCAAUUUAAUUUUUAAGAAAUCCACCUUUGAAUCAAGAUUUUAUUAAUACUCAUUGAUGUUAAGAGAAAGUGCUAAAACUUUUGUAAUGGCGAGGGCACACUGUAAACCGACUUUAAUUUUUGUGUGGAAAAUUUUCACAAGAAACUUGUUGCUUCGAGUGUUUCUUGCUGUGAACCAGUUCUUUCAUGUUUAAGAUAUUGGUUGUAAAAAUAAGUCGCCAACAACAACAACAAGUUUAUCACUGGUAAAUCACAAAAUUAAAUGUUGGUUUACUGUAUAAUGUUACCCUUUUCUGUCAUAAUUCAAUUUCCUGUCAUUAUCUCUGCUACAGAUGCACAUAUUCAACUGAAAUUUGAUACCAAUAGAUACAUCAUGAGAAUAUCUAAUUCAAGUUUGGUUCUGGUUUACGUUCAAUAUCUCGGUCAUACUAGGUGUAUAGAUACAUUGUGAGAAUUACAAGGUCAAAUUUUUGAAUAUGACUUUAAGAAUUUAAAACAAUUUUUUGCAUAGUAACUUGGUCAUACAAACUAAAAUGCAGGAUACAGAUGUGUCACAAAAACAUGUUGUAUAAGUUUUAGGUAAAAAAAAUUGUCAAAAUUAUUUCCCCUUAGACUUGGAAAAUUUCAAACAAUUCAAUUCCAAUGUCUCAUAUUUUAGUUAUGGUUUGUAAUGUUGAGCCAGUAAAGAUGUUCAUGUUCAUUCUAGUAAACAAAUGUUUUGAAAAAUAUUUUGCUUUGUAACAAAGCAACAUUAGAUUCUCGUACUUGACACGAAGAUUGUUUAUGACUACCGGGGUAGGGUGUUCAUGAUUAUACUUUUCAUGUCAUUUGGACAAGGUCAAGGGGAGUAAAAGCUGAAGGUUACUGAGAGAAAACAUGUCACAUUUUCAUCCAGGCUAUAUUUUCGUAAUAUAAACACAUUAUUACACUCAAACUUGCUGCAGAUGUUGCUGUUGAAUUUCUUAGCCUUUGUCCCCUAGGGAUAUAUAUGAAGAUCAAGGAAUAGAAAUUUUCAAUUGUCCUGAAUAUGUAGAAGAUGGCAUUCAGAUCUGCAUUAUAUUUUAUAUUACUGUGGUUUCACAAUAUUGUAUGGAUUUGUUUGGAAAUAGAACUUUACCUUGAUACAUACUGUAGAUUUAAGGAGGGCAUUUCUAUUUACUUUAUGAGCAGAAAAAAUAUCUUUGUUUAAAUCUCUUAAUUCUGUGGUGCAGAACUACGAAAGCAAUGAAAAUUGGAAUUAAACCACAAAAAAAAAAGAAAGAUGAUGUAACCACAGAAUUCCCCAGUCUGGAUAAACCAUCUAGUUUUAGUUCUGUUAGGAUGGGACAAUGUGUAAAGGAAUUAGGAAUGAACAUGCCACUUGAUGGUAUAUAUUGUGUAUUGAAAACAAUUUUGGAAUAAUGGCACCUUUUGUAAUUUACCUUUGUAACGGUGUUGGUUGUCAUUUUCAUUUGGCCAUAUUUGUACCAGAGGACCUUUGGUUCAAAAAAAAAAAAGACUCACGACAUCCUAAUCCAUCCUAUAUAAAUGAAGUGCUAUAAUUUUUUUUCUGAGCCAUUGUUGAUGAUUUUUAACUUGCUGGAUUUUGACACAGUUUAAGUAUGUAAAUCUAUACUAAAGUGAUCCAGUGUGACACAUUGAAAAAGAAUUCAUAGAACUUCUCGGGAAGAAGCAUCAUCCAAAAACAUUUACUCAAAGAUUCAUUUAAACUUUGCAUUUACAGUGUAUAUUGAAAUUUCAGAAAGACUUGCAACUCCUCUGGAGUACAGAUUGUAAGAAGUGCAGUAAUUUUUAUUAAGUGUAUAUAUGACUAUUGUGGCUUUAUUUUUAAUACUGGGACCUUGGGGUAAAGUGUUGAUAAUUUUUAACGAUUUACACCAUGCAAUGUUUAGAUUUAAGAAAUAAAAAUCAUGUUUGUUGAC